AUGACUACAAUAACUGUAGCAAAUGAACAAGAUAUAAUCAAGAAGUUAUCUUCUUACAUAGAAAAAAUUUCUAACGAUGCUAUUCACAAUCGCGGAAAAUUUUAUAUCGGUUUAUCAGGUGGUUCAGUGGUUAAGUAUUUAAGCGAAGGACUACCAAAAGUUAAUACAGACUGGUCUAAAUGGGUGCUAGCAUUCUGUGAUGAAAGAAUUGUGCCAGAAGAUAGUGAGGAUUCUACAUUUGGAGUAUAUAGCAGACAACUAAUACCAAAGACAUCACUGGAUAAAAAACAAUUUAUUACUAUUAAACAAGGAGUUAGUGCUAAUGAAGCCGCAAGGGAUUAUACUCAAAAGUUAACAGAUGCAUUUGGAGGUGAUGAAUUUAUAUUUGAUCUCCUAUUACUUGGCAUGGGCCCAGAUGGUCACACAUGUUCAUUAUUCCCUAACCAUCCUUUAUUGGAAGAAAGUAAUCUGAAAGUUGCUGCAAUAACUGAUUCUCCAAAACCUCCUCCUGAAAGGAUUACUCUGACUUACCCUAUCAUAAACAAUGCUAGAAAUUGCAUAUUUGCUGCCAGUGGAGCUGGAAAAGCGGAAAUGAUCAAGAAAAUUCUUAAAGAUAAAGAUGACUUACCUGCUGCAAGAGUAAAACCAAUCCAUGGUUCUGUAUAUUGGAUAGUUGAUGCCGCAGCCGCAAAAUAUUUAUAA